AUGGAUACGAACGACCAACAUCAAUACGAUGAGAGGGCAAUCGUACCAAGCCCACUACAAACCUUGGAUUCGUCCUCGAUUAAGUGUAGUAAUUCUACGAGCACUUCCACACCACAAGCCACCACAAAACAAAUGGGCAAUAGCUUCUUGGAAGAAGCAUCACUCGAUUUGGGCCAGAAGAAUAUAGACAAGCCAACCGAUACACAGCAUCGAAUAUCGCCAGUCUUCGCUCCGAGUACAGAAGAAAGGCGAAAUCCGGAAAGAUUGAAAGCAAGAGAAUGUCCUCGGCCUUCCAUUGACGCCGUACUCUGCGAAGCUUUUCAGAUUACGCCUGUUGGGGAUGAACAAGAAAAUCAACACCAUGCGGACGCGGCGAUCACCAGCUCGAGAGAGGGUCACCACACGCGAAACGACGAGCUAUCUAAUGAAAUUGAAAAAACAAUCGAUGGAUAUGGAAGGAGGGUGCCCUAUUAUGGGAUAUAUUUGGAUGUUCCUGGGCUCUACGAAGAAGACGAUGAUGACUAUAGCCCGCCCAAGUGUCCUAGAUGUAGAUGGACGCUCCAAAACAAUGAUAAUAGCCCACCAGGUAUCCCUAUCAUUUCAGUAACGAGCCCAGAUGGUAAAACCCGGUACCCCCACGAUCAUACAUACUACCUCAGCGACUCGGACUCGAAUGGGGACAGUGACUACGACGACGACGGAGAAUCGGACUCGGACUGUUGGGAUUGAGGGUCUUAGAGUUUCCACGGGAGUGUUAGCUCUCUGUUGUGUGUUGUCGC